AACUUGGAAAGAUUGCUUUAGCCAUUAAGAAACCAUUAGUGUAUACUUUUGUAUUGUGUACAAGGAAUAUCAUCAUUAGUCUAAAGCAGCUCACAUCCUUCUCUUCGAGCUUUGGGUUUACUGAUCACCACAAUACACAGAUCCUUGGGUUCAAUUAAUUGAUCGUAGAUAGGAACUUUUGUGCUGAAAGCGACGGCGAUUCUACUUUUAUAACUUUACUCUCAAUGAAGAAAUUAUUCCACGAGUAGUGAGCCGUUGAUUAAUUUCACCGCUCCUUUGAAUAAUAGCAAAUGCAUGGAAUCCAGUUCUCCAUAUCCGAUUCUUCCACAUUCGGCAGGCAGUAUUGAUUCCGGUUCUUGUUAGCCUAUCACUCACUCGCCAUUUCUCGAGCACGCCGUCUUUUGAUCGAGUUAGGAGGUAUUGGGAAGUUGAUUAUACUAGUUCCACUGGAUGUUAAACCUGUAAAAGAGCCAUGAGUUAUGAUCUGGUGGAUAUUACACCUCAAGAUGUCAAAUUCAUAUUUGAACCAAGGAAGCAAAGUUCAUGCUCUAUCCGUCUAGCCAAUAAGUCAGACAAGCAUGUUGCUUUUAAGGUCAAGACUACAAACCCAAAGAAAUAUUCUGUCAGACCAAAUGUGGGAGUCUUUAGUCCUAAGGCAUCACGUGAUGUCACAAUAACUAUGCAAGCACAACGGGAACCGCCUCUUGAUAUGAUAUGCAAAGACAAGUUCUUAGUUCAAGCCACAGCGGUACCUGAGGAGACUUCUGAAGAGCACGUCAUCUCAGAGAUGUUUUCCAAAGAUGGUGAGAAAUAUGUCCAAGAAAACAAGCUCAGGGUGGUCCUUGUCAGUCCAUCCAACUCACCAGUACUUCUACCAGUGAAUGAAGUGCACAGUCAUCCACCACAAAAUGUUCUAGCUGAUGAUGUUUUUGGCAGUGUGAAAGUCGGUACAUUUCCAGAACUCACUGAGAAUAUAGAGUUAAAACAAGAAAAUGGCACGGGAUUGGUGGAAAAGAAGCCCUUAGAGACUAAAGCCAAGAAGGAUGUGAGCGAGCUGGAAUCUUUAAAGGAGAUGAUGAAGUCCAAACUUAAUGAGCUUGAACUACAAUUAAGUGCGGCUGAAGCAACCAUUGCUAGGCUGACAGAGGAAAGAAGAGAGAUUGCUCAAGAUAGAGCGAGCUUACAAAAGGAAUUGGCCGUUAUGACAAGUAAGAAGGUUGUUAGAAAAGUGCAAGUCGGAUUUCCUUUGAUGUAUGUGGUGAUGGUUGCGGUCAUUAGUAUUACACUCGGAUGUCUUUUAGGUCGUUUAUAGAAGCAGGUACUGCAAAGCUUUUAUAGCAAACUUAUCAUCUCUAUCUCUACUCGGACAGGAACCUUCACAAAAAGGGUUCCAUCUAUCCCAAGUGACCCAUUAUAUAUAUUUUUGGAUUGACCUAUGCGUGACUCAGAUUUCUACUGCUGUAAAUACUUUGCUUCUUUCCUAUAAUAAGUGUUAUAUAGGUAUCUCCUCGGUAUGGCAAUAUUGAAAAGUUUCUGGAACUUUUGGUAACUGUUUUUUUGUUUGUUUAUUAUUACACCGUAUUGGUAUCAUCAUAAAUUUUAAGCAUGUGAUAGUUGCUUAAUUGACGACCA